AUGGCAACGCUAGUGUCAAUGAGCUCUACAACUUCGCCGAAGAGUUCGUUGGCGAAGCUGGUAUUAUGCCCCAAACCUAAACCCUUUAAAGUGAUGGUCCUGGGACAAUCCGGAGUUGGAAAAUCAGCAUUGGUAGUCAGGUUCAUAACUCGGCGUUUCAUCGGUGAAUAUGACCCAACCCUGGAAAAGGUGUACGUUUUCCAAACUGUCAUUGACAACGAGAUGGUUUACUUCGAAAUUUUGGACUCUGCUGGCGAAUCCCACGAAAGCGAGUAUGCGAAUUUGGAGAGUAAUAUCAGAUGGGCUGAAGCAUUCAUCCUGAUGUACUCGGUGACUGAUAAGUGCUCCUUCGACGAGUGCCACCGGCUCAAGUUUCUCAUAAACUACAACAAGAGACGACGGCGACUUACAAGCAAGGACAGCGUAAUGGAGACACCCGUGGUGCUGGUGGGAAAUAAGGCGGACCAGGCUGGAGACCGCAUGGUGUCGACGGAGGAAGGCCAGCGCCGCAGCAAGGAGAUCGGCUGCGUUUGCUUCCACGAGAUAUCUGUGAGGGAGAGCAUCGACCAGGUGUGGAGCGUGUUCCGCGACGCGCGUCGUUUCUGGCGCGUGUGCAACAAGUGGCCGCGCGGGCGCACGGAUGCGGACUUACAUCCGGCGGCUCUAGGGCGCCCCCUAGCGCGCGCUGUAUCUGACACCACGCCCGAACCAGCUGCCACAACAGCACCUUUUUGCCGUCGCUGGACAGAGGUGGAUCUCGACGAGGAAGACGAAGUGAGCGUAGCCCGCAGCGACUCCACAUCCUCGUCGGGCAAGUCUGAAGGCGCGGAGGAGUUCAGGGCACGCGCCAGCACCGAUUCCCGGCUGCCCCCGCGGCCUUCGAGACCGCGCCAUCCGCCCCCGGGCCGCUCCCACGCGCCCCCAGUCAGGAGGAUGAGUGUGGCGAUGAGAGGAAACAACGCUAGCACCUAUUAGCUUACCAAAUGUACGCCUGUAGAUGCAUAUUCAAUUUUGAUACAACAUGCAAGAAUGCGAUUAUUUCGCUACGAACCUUAAACUACAUGUGUAUAAAAAUAUUUAUUUAAUGUAAUUUAGGUAAGUAGGUAUGUGACUUUAUUGAAACACACUAAAGAUUUUUACACUGUAUAUCUAGAGGCAGUGUAUUGUAUAAUGAUGUACCUACCUAUUUUUAACAUUUAUAAACGAUUUUGUCAAACAGGCAGCUAAAUAGAGAACUAAGCAACUAUAAUUAGUAGUCUGUAGCACCUUAGAGAGUGCCUUUGAAUGAAAACUUGGUCCCAAUUGUGCGUGAUGCUGUUACCAACCAAUACAUCUAGCCAUAUGUAGCCCCCUCUCUCUCUUUAAAGAAUCCUUGGCUUGGAUAGUUCAUAUCCUUUGCGAAAGCUGCAGUGUUACUUCAAACGUACUCUCAAAGAGAUAAGUAAAUAUUUAAAAGGUAUGAAUUUAUUUGUGACUUGGGUCCAGUAAAAUGAAUGAGUAAAAUUUAAUGUCGACUACACAUCAGCCAUUUUUUCGAAAAAUAGUACCAAUUUCAUGUUAGCGAUGCAGUUUCAAGACUUUCAUAACCUUUUAUAUGUUUAUUUAUAAACAAAGAAUCAUUGGACCAAAUGAUUUCAUAAAGGUAUUACAGGAUGGCCUGGGUCAAUAUUUUUUAACUCUUACUUGGAAAGGUCCAAGCAAAGGGAAUGCUAUUCAGACUCUCCAGACUUUCCAUACGAAUCAGAAAUGAGAGAAGUUUCGUAGGACGGCGGAAAAAUAGCUCAUAGGUACUCGUAGAACUAUUAUGGUCUUUAGGGGAAGAAACUUAUACUGGACCGACGAUCUGGUGAAGGUCCUGGGAAGCACCUGAAUGCGGGCAUCGCAGGCAGGACUGGUUGUUGUGGAAAUAAUUGAGAGAAACAUUUGUCCAGCUAUGAGUAUAUUUUAGUA